UCGUGCAGUCGUGGUGUUGUAGCGGUGUAGCGACGGCGUCGAGAGGCACGCGGUGGUGGCGAUUGACGACUGCGCCGAAAUACGGUUCUGAGCUAAAAGAACAACGAUAAUAAUUAUUAUCGUUAUCGUCGUCGUUUUGCGUAUGCUGCGAGAUUCAUCCGCUGGUAACGCGAACACGCGAAGAUUGUCAUACGACGUAUUAAGUGCAGUGCGUUGACGUGACGACAACGGUUCACCGCCAAAUACGUUCGUUCUCUUAAAAACACACACACACACACUGCACCGGCUGUCCGUUUCGUCCGGUCAAAUGAUGCUGGACAUACUGCACCGGCACGUCGUCAGGGACAUGGACGGAUUUCCCAGAAUAUCCAACUCAGACGGCGACUGUGGCGAGGGCCCAGCGAGUUGCGAGGGCUGCGGUUCGAAGAUUGUGGACAGGUUCUUGAUGCGAGUGGGUACGAGCAGCUGGCACGAGCAUUGCGUCACGUGUACCGCGUGUGGCGUCCCACUGGCCAAGUCGUGCUACUACCGGCACAAUGGAUUGUACUGCAAAAACGAUUAUGACAGACUAUUUGGCGUCAAAUGCGGUCGGUGUGGUGAGCCUUUAGGAGCCAGAGAGUUGGUAAUGCGCGCCGGGCCCAGUCACGUCUAUCACGUUGGAUGUUUUGCCUGCGUGGCCUGCAUGCAACCGUUACAAAAAGGCCAGCAGUACGUGGUCAAGGCCGGCGGUGGGCAAUUGUUCUGCCGCACAGACUUCGAAAAAGAAAUUUUUCUCAUGCAACAAUCCGUCGGAAGUCCACAGCCAGAUGACAGUUUAACUUUAGACGAGAAUUGUAGACCUCGAGACGGCCGCCGUGGUCCCAAAAGACCCAGAACCAUAUUGACUUCAGUACAACGACGGCAGUUCAAAGCUUCGUUCGAAGUCAGUCCAAAACCUUGUAGAAAGGUACGAGAAGCUUUGGCUAAAGACACCGGUUUAAGCGUGCGAGUUGUACAAGUAUGGUUUCAAAAUCAGAGAGCCAAAAUGAAGAAAAUCCAAAGAAAGAGUAAACAGGACGAUAAAAAUACGAACAAUAAUAACGCGAACAAUACGGAUAAAAAUGAAACUGAACACGCUACAAAUACCACGUCUAGCGUAUGUUCUGGAGAUCAUUACUUGAGCUUGAGUACGCUGAGCAUGCACGACAGCAGCGACUCGAACUAUCAGAACAGCCAGCCGCUGAACCCCAACAUACCAUACUCGCCCGAAGGUACGUACACCGGCGAACAUUCGGUGGACAGUUUCUGCAGUUCGGACGUGUCCCUGGACGGCAGCACCACGGCGGCGGACGAGAUCGGCUCCGAUACCAUGUCGCUAGACCUGUCCGUCCACCACGGCACCCUCAAUCAAAACGUGCACCACCCGAAUCAUCAUCACCACCAUCACCAUCAUCACCACCACGUCGGCGGUGCCGCGUCCGUGGUGCCUGGCCAGCAGAUCAACCCCAUCGACAAGCUGUACCUGAUGCAAAACUCGUACUUCAACAGCAGCGACCAUUAAACAAUAUCGUUGUUUUAAUUGCGCAUAUCGCGCACGUGGGCGUGAUAAUUAUUGAUAUUAUUAUUAUAAUUGUGUAUUUUAUUAUGGUUAUAUCAUAAUACGGGCGGUUACUGUGUCGUCGGUAAUUAUUGGACUUGAUCGCGAUGAGUUGAGAUCGUUCAUCCCCGGUCCUCGUCGCGUCCAUUCGUGUCUCACUAUACCUAUUCGAUACUAAUAUUACAUAUUGUGUUUAUGUAUAUAUAUUGAUAUAUAUAUAUAUGUGUACGCUUUCCUUACAUCAGCAUACUUUAGUAUAUCUUCACGUUCACACCAUGCCUAUUGGACAAUGUUCUAGCAAUACGUAAAAUGUUUACCCCGUGUUCUAUCUUUCAUAUUAUACCGCAUUGCCGCAAGGUGUAACAGAAAUGCAUUUUGUCGGUUUUCCUGUUUACACCUCGUGCACGUUUUCCAUGACAUUUACCGUGUUUGUUGUGUAUAGUGUUGUUAUUUUUGUAUCGCCAAAGUUUUCAUGUAAUAUACAUUAACUCAUCGAUUAUUGUAGGUACCGACUUUGUAUCAUAUUAACUCGUUUUAGUUCAUUACGAGAGACUUACAUGUCAUACAUACGCGAUUUUAAAAGAGUCCUUUAUACCGAUGUUUACUGUCUCCUGGUGGAGUUAUUUACUUAGGUUUAAGAAAUUAUAAGUGUGCUGUAACUUCUGUAUAAUACGAUUAUUAUUGAAUAUAUACAUAUAUUUGUGUAUAAAUACACAUAUGUAUGUAUAUGUAUAAACGUGUGUAUAUUCCGUCGUACUGUUUUAUCGAUGUUAAAUGUAUUUUAUCGCAUUAUUUAAUUUGAAAUCUAGACGAAUACUUUAUACAUAGUAAUGUAGUUUCACUGUUGUAAAAACUAAGAAGAACGUUUCCUUAAGUUAAUAAAAAAAGAAUAUUUAUGUUAGGAAUACAUACCGAUCACUUAUAGUAUAAA